AUGACUCGCUUUAAGAAAUCAUUUGUGAGCAUAACUUGUAUUAAGACGUCAUUUGUGAUAGCUGCUGGCCUCACCGCCCUGUAUGUAAUUUUGGUUCUUUUCUCUUUCUCUGGUCGCCAGCGUACUAAGGCGCUCCCGGAACAGUUGCUGGUAAAUGAAGUUGAAACCGACACGAAAACAAGCUACUUCUUUAAAGGUUUGAAUCAACAUACAUGGGAAGGGAGGUGCCUACAAAGUCUCGAAAACCUUUGCAAUUUUCCAAUCUUUCCCAAGGCACCAGACAGACGAGCCAUCGUGGACAAUGUUAACAUCUCCUCAAAUGCAAAACAAGUUACCGGCCUUCGACUGCUGGGUUUUCUUCGACCCAAUGUGACUGGCGAAUAUUUUUUCACCGUUAAAACUAAUGGAUUUGUGGAGGUUUGGCUUAGUAAAAGCAUUAGUUGGAAAGGGGGAGCGAACAUCGCACACGGCUACCCAACAGGCAGGCUUCCGAAAGAUGAAUCUCUAGAAUCUUCUAACUUAAGUGUGAAGUUGUCAGCCCAACAUGCGUAUUAUAUAGACAUAGUGUAUGCUCGGGGCGAAAUUAGAAAUAAUAAUGGCCCUCAAGUAAAACUUGCCUGGAAAAGACCAGAUAAAAAUGUCUUUGAAGUUAUCCCUGGGGAGUUUUUUGCUCUGUUCAAAAAUGACAGUGACAUGGCUGGCAUGAAAGUUUACGAUGACGACUUGCCUGACGUGCUUGCUUGUGAAUCAAUACGCCUUAAAUUUGCAAGCGAACACAUGAAACCGGAGAGGAUCACUUACUUAGAAAGCUCAGCAGUGAGGAACGCAUUAAAUUUUUGCGAUUACAACCCCAGUUAUCUUCUUAAUCCGGCAAACGUAGCCGGUUUUAGACAAUAUCAAGGUGUUUAUAAACAUGUCCACAAAACGUACACUUUACCCUAUUCAAGUGUCGAUGGAAUAACAAGGGGAAGAGGAGGACCAGCAUUUUCGGCUGAAUUUCCUUUGGAAGAACGAGAAGCUCGCUCGGUAGUCGACAGAUACACAGCUGCACUUGAGAAACGUUACGCAGGGUGAGUCGCUUGUUGAUAAUGUCUUACAAGGAUACUGCUUUGUCAACAAUGAAAGGCAGCACAAUCGCAAUUAUUUUUUUGGGGGGAGGGGGUUCUAAGAAAUGCUAACUCCCCCGGGGGCUUAUAUUUGGAGGGGCGACUUAGCGGAGGGUUUUUUGCGUUACGAGUUUGGGGGGCUAAUAUUUGGAGGGGCUUAUUUUCGGAAUUUUACAGCAUUUCCCAAGGUUUUCCAAAAUUUCAAACAUCCCUCCCUCUGAUAUUUUACUGAAAAACACUUGAGAAAUCACCCCAAAAUUCUCAAAACCUAAUUGAACCAACGACUCCCAUUAUGGCUCUUGAUCAAAUAUUCAUUAAAUAUUUAAGAAAAAGGAGGGAAAUAUACAAAAAACAAUGCUUUUAACCACAACCUCGUCCCCAGGGCUUUUCCCUCAAAAAAUGGGUGGGGCACCACCCAUUUUUUGAGGGAAAAGCUCUGGGGACGAGGUUGUUUUAACCAGACUGCCCCAGACUGCCCCCUUAAUAACAAUGUCGCGGUGAAAAGCGUUUAUUUAACACAUAAGACAGUACUUGAUAGAUUAACAGUUCUCUUUAUACUGCAGGAAAUACGCAUUCAACACCAUCAAGCGCGUAGAGAUGAAACACGACCCCAAGAAAGGGAAGAGAUAUCUACUUGAGCUUGUUAUUAAGGAUAUCACCGAUGGAAAACACUACUUAUUGUCAGAAUAUGUCUUUGUCCCUUAUGGAAAAGACGCUUCUUUUUUAUGUUAUCCUAACGCUCUGGAGUGGAACAAGACAGCGGAUGUUUAUUUAAUACUCACGGCUAAGAAUCUGGGUCGAUGGGUUCAUCAUUUUAUAAAGAACGUUGAAAAGAUCGUGCAAGAAACAAAUGAUGAUCAUUUGCACGUCGUCAUAUAUGACUUUGGAAGCCCCGAUAUUGAUAUUAGAAAGGCUUUACAAAGAAGCAUCUUAAAGAAUUAUCAUUUUAUCAUAAAUCCUGCACCCUAUUCGAGGACUAAGUCUUUCAGUGAGGCCAUAAAAUCGGUUGAUGAUCCAGACGCUAUUGUUGUUACUAUAGAUCUUCAUCUUGAUAUUGGAAGUCAGACCAUAAGUGAUAUACGUAAGGUAAGAUUUCUGCCAGUAUAAGCCUACAUCGUCCAUAAUGUAAUUCGAAUAAAUCUGAAAUUGACGUCUUCGCCUCGAAAACCUUUUAAAAGGUUUCCCCCAACACUGUUAAUUUGGACAUCAUGCUGUGACGUAAUGUAAUUAAAAAGGGAUUGGCCGAUAAAAACGUUCGGGUUUUCUGGAUAAAGGGAAAAUUUUGGUCGGGAUGGUGGGAUUUAAAAACCCUAUUGCGGACCCUUGCUCAUAGAAGGGUAGACCACACAUUUCAAAUUGAUCCGGGUAAUUGUAGACGGCGUUAUGGAUAGCCAGAGGAGAGUGACUUUGAACCAUCUUAAACAAAAAAUAAAAUAACAGUUUUUCUUGCCAGUUUCUCUACCACUUUAACUAAAGUGUUUAAUGUUCCGGCAAAGUAGUUGGCACACGAGGCUUUUCUUGGGUCACAAUAAACUGUAAGGUAGUUACUGAUGUACGGGAGAAUUAACUUAGUAACGGGUAAACAUCGUCCUCCGAUUGGUCUCUCACCUUUGUCUAAUCAAUUACCUCAUUUUGAUUUCAGCAUUGUUUCAAAGGAAAGACAGUCUACGCUCCUCAAAUCAUCUUUCUGCAUUGUGGUGGCAGUAGCAAUAAGCCCGUAGGCGUCUGGUAUCACUUGAGUUAUGGCACGAUAGCAAUGUACAAAAGGGAUUGGGAAUCCUUCGGAGGGUUUUCAAAAAGAUUCCUCAACAAAGACACGUGGGGUGGUGAGGAUUGGGAUGUAAUUGACGGUGCAGUUAAGGGAGGACUGGAAAUAGAACGCAAGCGUGCGCCAUGGAUUUUUCACUACCAACACAACAAAGCGGGAAUGUGGCAAAGAAAUUAG